AAAGGUUAUAUGUCAUCAGAGUUCCAGCGACUCACAAGAUUCUCCCUCAUCAGCUGAGCUUGACACAGUGGAUGACCCUUACAGGUUAAUUUAAAAAAUAAAAACGCCAACAAUUAAAGACCGUAACACAUUUUUUUUUAAAAACUUAACGGGAUAAUGUUUUUUUUUUUUUUAAUUUCAUAACAAAAUUGAACACAAACUAGAAUAUUAAAAAAUCAGCAUUUAUUUCAUGUAUAACUGUAUUUCUUUCUCUAAUUGGUUCUUUCAUUUAAAAUGGAGACCUUUUUUUUUUGGCUUGCGAUUAAAAACAAAAACCUGGGACACUAAAAUAAAGCUCAUUUACAGAAACAAAAACCUAUUUGGGCCGCACUAAGUCAAGUCUUGCCAAACAUGGAUUUUCAAGUUAAAAAAGGACUUAUCUCUUCUCUUAAUUUAAUAACAAACCCAACAAGAGAAAUUAAAUUUGAAGUUCAAAAAAACUCUUUAAAGUUUAAUUCAUUCAGCAUAAAUACAUUAAAAAACACAGCAAAAAAUAUUAGAAAGACAUUAUCCUUCUCAAUUUUCAGACUGCAGAAUUUGGUUUCAACGUGCAACAAUGAUUUCACCGAUAGUUCGCUUCAAUCAAGAUUACCUGAGCUUGUGGCACAAACUCCUUGUGGUACAAUUAUGAAAUGGGAAGAACUCUUUGAGGUAACAUGACGAUGCAUUGAACAUGAAUGUAAUGAAUAAUUAUUUUAACAAAGACCCGCUUUCACUAAAUCCAUGGAUGUUGUUGGGUUUAAUACAAAGCAUUCAACGUUUCAUUUAUAUUUUUUUGCUUGAUGUAUAUUUAUUUAGCUUCGUGGCCCUCUUCCCCGUUUUAUUUAUUUUAAAAACAGCUCUUUUCGUAUAGAUAAAGUCUUUUUUCACCUAAAUGUUCGUGGCCGCCAAAAACUAUGCUGUGGUAGGCACGCAAAAAAAAUUCAAAUUUAAAUAACCUCUGCGUAAGUACAGUUGAGUUUUCCACCCCCACCCCCAAUAUAUAUAAAUUAUUUAUAGACAAUUAUGAAGUCACAGUAAUUAAUGUGUCAAGGGUGUUCUCUAUUGUACAGUGGUGUCCAAAAUAUUUCCCAUUUCAAACCAAUGUGAUAGGACUCGACGGUUAGCAGACCUGGUGCAAACCAGUACCGGAAAUCUAUCUUCCACCAAACCCCCACCCCGCACUCCAACAUGGACACUGGUCAAUUCUGCAUGUAAUUGCUUGGCAGUGUUUCCUUCAAUUUUCUCUGGGCAGGACGUGGCAAUUCAGAUUUCUCGAAAAAAAGAGGGGGGGGGGGGGGGGGGGGAAGGUUGCGAUUCGGAUGCCCCCUUUUUUUGUGGAGGGAGGAAUUUUCAAAUAAAUAGCGUGCUAAGUAUCAUUAAAAAUGUAGCGUCAUUUUAAUGGAUUACACGUGAUACUAAUCAUGGGCGGGGGGGGGGGGGGAGGGGAAGGUUGCGAUUCUGAUGCCCCCUUUUUUUAUGGAUGGCAGAAUUUUCAAAUAACUGCAUAAUUUUUAUUGAGGAAGGGUGUAGCAAAAAUUUUGCAUUUAAGUUAUCUAAAAUUUUAUCGAAAGUUUUUGGUUUUGUUAAACCUUUAUCGGUUUUAUGAAUACGUGUUUAGACCUGUUAUCGGAUUUUACAAUUGCGUUCUCAUUUUGAUUCACAUUGGAGGGUCAGAUUGACAUAUUUUAUAAGAUCUAAAGCAGCAAAUUUUUAAAACCGAUUGCUAAUUUCUGUUUAUCGAUAUGUGUCCGUCCAUAAAGUACGUCAUGCUUUAGGACCAGGGGAAAGAGUCACAGGAAGUGCAACAGGCGGAGAGGGUAAAAAAUCACGUGUACAUGUAACAUCAAUCAUUGAAAAAAAAAAAAUUGUACACUUUCUUCUUUUGUUCACCUCUCAUUAAUGAAAUACAAAUUUUAAGUAGGCUAUAAUCUCUACAUUUAAUUUAACAAAAAUAAUCUAUUAAAAUUGAUGCCAUAUUCUUCUACCAAUUUUGUUGUCCCCACUGUUCUACCAGCUAUGUUGAAGAACUUGUUUUACAGCUAUUCUGCCCAACUCUCUUACCAGCUUUGUUGCUGAUACAUGCAUUUCUAUUGCCUAGUUAAUAAGAUGGUUUAAAUGACAAUAAUAAAUACCUUACUUUAAAUACAUGGCCCGCAAUUAAUCACAUUUCGAUUUAAUAAAAGUAACAUUUACUCAGUGGCAACGUAUUUGUUGUUACUAUGGUAUGAGGUGUAUGAGCUGAAGGAUAACAUUUUUUAGAUAUGGCAGUUUCGAAAAGGUAUCCAGCGAAUGACAACCUUAGUUGCACGUACUUUAAGACGAUACCUCCUAAGGGAUUGGUUGUCACACACAAUAGUAUGUUGUCACAUAAUUUCACCUUUAUUUACUGCAGUUUAAGCAUAUGUAUUUAGACAGACUAUAGUAAUUCAUAUUCCGAGGCACUAAACUUCCUUAAAAUGAAAUGUGAUACCCCUUCAAGUUAACAUGUAGCCUACUUUUAGAAUAAAUAUCAUAUCAUAUCAUAUAUAUAUAUAUAUAUAUAUAUAUAUAUAUAUAUAUAUAUAUAAAGGUGAAUGUUUGUGGGUUUGCUCCACAUACGUUUUUACAUGGAUUGAUGGAUCUUGACUAAACUUGGCACAUAUAUCCAUCAUUAUCCAGAAGGAACUCUUAAAAGGUUAUGAACUUUUUAUAACAUUCCAUUUGGGGCCGGUGGGCCUGAAUUCGUUUUUUUUUCCUUAUACGAGCUGUAUAAAAAUAAUUAGAAACAAAUACUCCUACAUGAGUAGAUGGAUCUUGACCAAACUUAUUAUACAUACACAUGAUCAUCCAUAUUCAAAUACCGAAGGGUACUGAACUCAUAAUAUCAAUUUCUGGGGUCGUGGGCCCCAGUUCAAUUUCCCUUAUAUAACCUAUCUGAAUAUCAAUAUGGUUAGACAACGGUAUAGGUUCUAUGUGAAUUAAUGGACCAAAGCCUAUCUUUGCUCAUUACGCUUCUAAGUCCCUAUUGAAAUAUCGGUGGAUUUAAAACUAGUAAUAUCCAAUCUAGAAUUUUCCAGUUCGAUAAUUUUAAAAAGCUAUAUCUAUGGCAUUUUUAAACCGAUUUUAAUGGGACAAAUUUUAAAUUUUAACUCUAUUUUUUAUCCGUCUGACAUUUUUAGGGAUGCCUAUCGCAGGCAUAACUAAAUCGGUACAGUUGUGGAAUGGGCCCCCGGGGCCCCUUGAUUAACUUAAAAGAAAAAGGAUUAUAAUUAUAGCAUUUUUAAAUAUUUUUAUUGUAUUCAAAAAAUAAUUAGAAAAGUAAUUUUUACACAUGUUUCGAGCAGUUUAUUUAAUUUAAUCUAGAAUAUUCCAGAAAGCUCUAAAUUGUUACAAGGAAAGUUAGGUAUUUUUGUUAUAUAGUGGGAUCUAGGGAAUAUUGAGGUGUUACUUCUAUGUAUGUCUAUAUUGUCCCGUAGUUUACUGUUCUCUUAGUAACACUGAGUAAUUUUGUUUUAAAUUCGGGAUAGAAAUCAAAGGGGUUGGGAAUCCAUCAUAAUCUUUAUCAGUGUUUCUUUCGGAAAUUCCCCUCCCCCCCCCCCGGGGGGGGGGGGGGGGGGCGUUGCGGUUUUGGGGGGGGGGGGGGGCAGUGCAAGUUGGUUUAUUGUUGGACAUAAUUUUGUUCCGAGGGGGGGGGGCACUUGGCUUUCCCCGGAGGGCACUACCCCCCGUAGAUAUAGCUGAAAGAAACCCUGAUCUUGAUCCUAAUGAUAUCAGGAUCCCACCGGAAAGCGGGAUUCCACCGGGAUCAGGAUCUCAACAUUGAAAAUAUCCACCGGGAUCGGGAUCACACCGGGAAACGAGACAGCGUCGGGUGUCAGCAUGGGAUUGGGGUCCAAAUGGCAUCGGGGUCUCACCAGAAUAAGGUCCUAAUGCAAUCAUGGGCCACGCCGAGUAUAUCGACUAGCAUUAUGAUAAAAAAUGCAAUCAUAUGUUUAAAAAAAUCAAACAUCUCUAGAUUACUUUUAUACACAUUUAAAACAACAGGUUUUUAUUUAUAUGUGAGAUUUGGAAAAAAAUGCAUUGAAGAGCUCUAGAUUCAAUUAUUAUAUACAUUUAGAGAUUAGUAACUAUAUAUGCAAUAAAGAAAUCUCAUUAAUUACAUUUUUUAAAAAUUAUAUAAGACUCUACUUUGUUAAUUUGCAAAUAACAGAUUAGAAUGAUCUUUUGGCGAUAUUAUAAAGGAUGUCCGAGAAAGUGUAUGCUUUAUAUCACCCACAGGUCGCGGGAUAUCUGUAUUUCCACCAGCAUAUCUUCUGUUAUUCCCCGAUUAAGUAUAAAAUGGCGCAAAAUUAAAUUCAGGUAUACACAAAAUGCAUCCCAGAACCGGGACCAUUUAAUAUACAUAAUAAGUAGUGCCAAAAUAAAAUAAGUUUAUGUGCUGUAGGGUUGGGUGGGUGAGGUGGUGAAGGCGUUGGACCAGAGCUUGCACUUGGUGCCAUAACGCCCAAUUUUGGCGCUAAUUAGGCUAAUUGAUUCCCUGGCCUCUCCCUUUUGAAAUGCAACUCCCAGGAUCGAAUUUUUUGUAAGUAACACCGAUUUCAGGUAGUAUAAUAAUAAAGUUGCUAAAUAAAAUGAGGCCUUCAUGUCAACCAUGACAUACAAAAUUUGGGCAGGAUAUCCAAUACUAGCAAUAACCGUUAAAAGCAAAACAACGCUCCGAAUGGAUGUCAGUUCUUAACAUUUUUGCAGCGGCGCAACCCCUUUUGAUUUCAAAAGAUUUCAAGCACCCUCAUCUCGAUUUCAAAGCAAGUUUAAAAGUUUACUUUAAUCUCAGUAAGACUGACGGGAAAAAAGAAUCAAAUUAAAAGGAAUGCGUUAUAUCUAUUAUGUUUUAAAUGUAUAUUUUAUUACAAACCAUUUACAAUUUGCUAGUUACAAUUUUUUAAAGAUGUCUUAUUUACAUAUUUAAUUUUGCUUAUAAAAAAGAGUGCCUUUACAUAUUAAAGAAACAUUAUUAUCUAUAAUUGAUGCUAUGCUUGAAGUGUACAUUUCUAUUUUUUCUUCUUUGGUUUUUAAAGAAGUUACUGGUAAAGAAAAUAAAACUAUCUGGCUAAUAAAAAGAUAUGUAGUAAAUAAAUCCAAAUUAUCAUUGUCUGUUAAUAAAAUAUGUCAGUUAUAACUAAAUUAUAAUUGCUUUUUUACAGAAAUUCCAACCUGUAGAAGAUGGUACAGCACCUCGAAUGCAAGAAAAUCUCAACUUACACCAUAAAUCAAUUACAAUAAAAGUAUUUAAAGGUAGUGGUGGAAAAGGCCUAGGAUUCAGUGUUGUGGGUGGCAUUGACUCCCCCAAAGGAAAGUUAGGUAUUUUUGUUCGACGAAUAUUCAGCCAUGGUGUUAUUGCAGAUGAUGGGCGCCUAAAGGAAGGUAAUCAGUUAUAACAUAAGCUUAUGAAAUCAUUUCUACGUUGUAAUCAAAACGUUUGAAAAACUAUGUUCACAUUUUUUUUAAUGAAUCUCUUGUGGACCAUAUGAUUUUUAAAUGCAAAUUUAUGAUUUCAGGUGAUGAAAUCCUAGAAAUCAAUGGCCAAUCCUUAUUUGGUUUAACCCACCAAGAAGCAUUGUCAAAGUUUAGAUCUCUCAGGAGAGGAAAUGUCACUCUUACUUUCAAAGCUAGAGCUAUGUCUCCAAGAGCAAGGUAGCCGUCAUAUAACAUUUACUUUCUUGACAAAAUUAAACAGUGUUUGUGAAAACUGCAUCAUUUUAAAAUGAUAAUGAUUCUCUGCUUGAACUUUCUAAGGAUGAAUUAGCUCAUAAUAAAACAUCAACGCGUAUUUAUUGGCUGUAAUUAGUAGCGCAACCAGAGAAGGCAAAAAAAGGGGGGGGGGGUGUAACUUACAGCUUAAGGGAAAAUUACUUCAAUUUUGCACACAACUGUGGAUUCUGCGUGCUAUCCUAGGAUGAAUUAGCUCAUAAUAAAACAUCAACGCGUAUUUAUUGGCUGUAAUUAGUAGCGCAACCAGAGAAGGCAAAAAAAGGGGGGGGGGGGUGUAACUUACAGCUUAAGGGAAAAUUACUUCAAUUUUGCACACAACUGUGGAUUCUGCGUGCUAUCCUUUUUCUUAGUCUAAGAUCGUUUGCACCCACUCCCCACGUUUUCUAGCCUUGCUGACUAUGCCAGUGGCCAAUUAUUUUGAUUACCCAAUCAAGUGUUUUGUUAAGUUAUCGUAAAUAAUCAGUCCUUUCGUUGUAAUUAUUUGUAUUGUGUACUGUAGUGCUUAAUCUUUUGCAGCUCCAGAAAUUUACCCCGAGAAUCGCCAGAUGGAAGUCCCGUUUCAACUCCAAAUCAUUCACCUUAUGAAUCUCCUCGUCACAGCCUUUCAGAUGUGUCUUUUAAUAUUAUCGAUAAAAUUGAUUCUAAAACUUUAGUAGAAAGAAAUAAAGUGAAUCAACAAAAUGAC